AUGGUCCUCCCUCCGGAGGCAUCAAGGGCCGUGUUCAUCUCCGUCAUCGGUGAGGCGGCGGCGGUUGAGGAGCUGGCUGCGGUGAUCGCCUUGAGGCUGGGCGCUGAAGAUGACCCGCUGGCCCUCCGUCGUGCCUCCCCGGCUAGCUUUCUGCUAGUCCUCCCUGAUGGGGCCGCGGUGGCGCGCCGUGUCCGGUCUCUUUCCCCGCAGUUAAAAUCGGGGCGGCGGCCGGUCUGGGUGCGGUUGGGCCCCACGGCUUCUUGCAACUCCUACGUGGAAGCUACUCCUUCGGCAAGAGCCUCCACUCCUGCCGUUGGAACAGAGGAGCCGCAUCUUAACUCGCGGGGGAAUCGCGACGUGCCAUUAAUUGAAGCCUUUGAAUCGACCUCGACGCCCAAGGUCGGCGCGGCAACGUCUACUGCCCACCGGAUACGCCUUAAUGAAGAAGUUUCGCGGCCAAUCGGCAAGCAGGGAUUGGGGGACGAGUUGACUCCCUCGAUGAAGGACCCGGGGGCUGAUUUGAAGACUGAAUUUGUCCAGCCUAGCCCGACAAAUGCUGCUCCUCCUGGGCUGAUGGAAGGGGCUGGUCCUGGACCUGAUGAGGCGCAAGGCCCAAUCGCCGACAACUUCGUCAUGGGCCAUGGUGAGGCAACGGAGGGGAAUCCCCUAAUCUUGCCGGCCUCACCAUGCUUACCGCCGCACCCCACCUCAGGCUUGGCCACUGAAGAAAAUCCCCCAAGGUCGCCGGUUGCUCUUGGCUCCCCAUGGACCUCUCCCCCACCGGAGUUCAGGUCUCUGGGUUCGCCUCCGGGUUUGGGCAAACACUCUACGAACCCGCUACAAGUCUACUCGCGUCGCCGCUCUCGCCCGUGCGGGGCUGCUCUUCCUGAGAGCUCCACGUUGGCGCCGAUGAUAGAGCUGGAGGCCGAGGUCUCCCCCAAAUCUCCGUGUAUACCGGCGGGGGAUGUGGCAGCUCCGGCUCCGUCCCCAGCCGCGACGCCUUUGAACCACGACACCUUCAUCAGCAAGCUCUCCCGUCGGACAGCAAGCCUGCUGCUAGUCCCCACCAUCAGCAAACGUCACGCAAAAGCUCUGCCACCUGGUGAGACUCCACGGCGUAGUCGACGUCUUGUGGGGGCAGUGGCUGAGUUCCAACAGGUGGACUGGAAAAGGAGGUCGAAAAAGAAGGUUAUGCGCUCGCUGGAAAUCAUUAGUGAGCAGAAUGGUGUCUGUCAGCAGGCUGAAGAGGAGUAUUGUAAGCUUUUUGAAAACCCACUUCCUGACAUCCAUCUGAUUGGUUUGGCUGCCCUGUUCAACUGGUCCAUCCCCGAGUUCUGUGAGGAUGAUGAUCAAGUUGGUGAAGAUGUAGUAGCCACAUAA